CUGAUUGAAACUACAACCACGAAAUCAGGAUUUCGAUUACCAGAAGACUUGGACUACACUCAAAAAACAGGAGGGUUGUUACAUGGAAAUACACGUAAUUUCAAGACAUUUGAAAACGAAAGGGAGGUAUUUUUUUGCCCGGCGAUGAACUCGAGUACCCAAAAAGAAGAAAAUAAAAAAGCAAGAGAAGAGUUGAAAAGAACUCGUAGUUUGAAUCCUGAAGUUGGCAAAACCCUUGAAAAUGAAAUGUUGAAACGAACUUAUAGUUUGGGCCAUGAAGUGAGUAAAGUAUGUACCGUGGAAGUAUCACCAAGUCGGGGUAGUAAGAUACUAGUGGAAAACACCAUAUUUCCACGAUGUGAUACCGAAUCAGAACCUGUAAUAUGGACAGUUGACGACAAUAACGGACAAAAUUCCGAUAAAGAUGAAUCGUCUGUGAGGAAAUAUACGUUUGGGUAUAAAAUUUGUACGGGAAAUGUCGCGCCGAAAAAUGGAAAAUCAUCGCGCAAAAUACACGCAGAAGAAUCAAUACAAAAAAGCAAACAAGAACUCCCAUUAGGAAUGUACGAUUUUAUUUACGUUAGUCAAGACAAACAGGUAUUAUUCACAACGCACAAAAUCAUUUCGCGUGCCUUAUUAUUCUCUAAGCAGCUGGAAGAUGAGCGAAAAUUAGUUUACAAAGAUGAUACCUAUGGUUAUGACUUUUUUGGUGAAGAUUUUUCAACACGAAAAGACCUAUUUGAUCAGAUAACAAAAAAAUCUGAAUACAAACUUCAAUGGCUAAUCCCAGCUAAUGAUUUCCCAUUUGCUUUAUGGAGAAAGACCACCUACCAUUAUCUCAACAUAGAUCUAAUGCACAGGAAAUUAAUAGCAUUAUGGGAUCAUAUUGGAGAUAAAAUACGAAAUGAUAUCCAAUACUUGCCAGGAGAAUUGAAAAUAUACACAGGUGCUUUCAAAAUGCCUAAGCUGGAGAAUUUAGCCAAUCAGCUACCUGUGAAAAAGUUUUUUGAAUACGAAAUACCGCACUUCUGGAUAAAAUUUCUGCACAACAGAACACGUGAGAAACCCGCCACAGACAUACAAAUUGUAGAAGAUCAAGCAGUCACACGAAAAAAACCACAAUCAGCGCAUAGCGCAUUAGUUAUUAUUGCAAAUAACUACUUGGAUGAAAACGUCUCGGUAUUUAUAGAAAAGUACCUUUGCCCAACUAAUUAUUGUGAACGUUUCGCAAAAAUGAAGGCCCCUGAAGUUUACAAGUACGUUCGCUGUUGUGAGGCAACGGAAGGUACUUCGAUAUUUCUACAUCUGCGACAAAUAUAUGAAGAGCUGCUAAUUAUCAGAGAUUUAACCGAAGCUCGGCGUAACAUCAAGUAA